UUCUUCGUUCCUUUUAAUAUAGAACUAAAUAUAUAAUCUAAUACAUAUUUCAAGUAUUUAUACUGUAGUGUGUAUAAUUUUUGUGUAAUAUUAUGUCAACCAACUUAAUGUCUAUAUUCAACCUUCUCUGUUGCCACGGUUAGAUUCACAAUAUUCAUUAUUAAUGCUUGUAGCAAAUUGUUCAUUGUGUCUAUGAUACCUUUUGUGUAGAUGAGUUAUUCUAUAUACAGGAAUGCAUAUAUCGAUUUGCUUGUGACAUCGUGUUCUCUAUCUUUAAGCGGAUAUGGAGACACGUGGAGAGAAUGUAGGUAUCUUCGACCGUCAUUCUGGUAUAUGCGAGGAGUUUGAGCUGGACGGUUUGUGUUUAAAGUUUAAGCAGUUGGAGUCUUAUGACGAAUAUUUAGAGGUUCGCCCAUUGGUUGAGCAGCUAUCUCGUUGCUCCAUUAUUCACUACCGUGAGUAUGUAGAAAGAAUGCUACGAUAUCCAUCAUACUAUCCUUUUGUCUUAUGUUUAUCUGGUUCUGCGUCUAAUGUGGAACCUAGAAAUCCUGUGGGAGACAAUACAGAUGCAAAUACCUCUACAGCGGAGUGCAAUUCUUCACUGGGUAGGAACAUGAUUAUUGGCUAUUUGGAGAUUUACGUUAUGCCUCAUUUAGGUCGUUCAUUUGACUGUCGUUUGGAGCGUGUUGUUAUUCAUCCAUCAUAUCGUAAUCGCGGUAUUUGUCAACGGAUGCUGAAUUCAGCCAUAGAGUUUUGUACAUCGGUAUUACGUUGCAAUCGUAUUGACCUCAUAAGUGACAAUCCUGUAGCUGUGCACAUAUACAAGAAGUUCGGUUUUGACCACGUUAUGGUCAACACAUAUCGCAAGAGUGUUUAGCAUAUUUGCUUUGAUAUGCUGUUUUUAAAACAUUUUUUGUGGCAUAUAUC